GCAGGCACCCGGACCUCCGCCUUGGCGGCGCGGCCGUUCCCAAAUCGACGCGAGCAGAAAUGGCCGGCCGCCGCCGCAGCCGCUCCCGAAUCCAAGGCGACGGGGCGGCCCGUCCUAGUCGCCGCCGCUCCCGAGUCCACGGCAGCGAGAACGGCGACGGGGCGACCCGUCCUAGUCGCCGCCGCUCCCGAGUCAUCAGCAGCGAGGACGGCGACGGCGUGACCCGUCCUAGUCGCCGCCGCUCCCGAGUCGUCGCCAGCGAGGACGGCGACGGGGCGACCCGUCCCAGCCGCCGCCGCUCCCGAGUCGUCGGCAGCGAGGACGGCGAUGGGGCGACCCGUCCUAGUCGCCGCCGCUCCCGAGUCGUCGGCAGCGAGGACGGCGACGGCGUGACCCGUCCUAGUCGCCGCCGCUCCCGAGUCGUCGGCAGCGACGACGGCGACGGGGCGACCCGUCCCAGCCGCCGCCGCCGCGCCAGCUCGCCGGAGGUGCCAGACGAAGCUGACGCUGAUACCCUGUGGGAGUCGCUGCCGUUGGAUAUGAUUUGGGAGAUCCUGCUCCUGCUUCCACCGGAGCGGCCCUCCCUCGUGCUGCCACCGAAGCGGCGCUCCUUCCUGCGCGCAUCCGGCGUCUCCACGCUCUGGCGAGGCGUCGCCACCGACCCCAACUUUAUGAGCCAGCACCGCAGGAAGUGGAAGCCUCCCCUCCUCGGCGUUUUCGAGCGCCGCCAGCAGAAGUUCCACUUCACCCCCGUCUUGCAUCCUCCCGACGGUAUCCCUGCCGACCGCAUUCACAUCUCAAGCCAGAUGACCUCCCGCGACUGCGACGCGACCGGCUGCCGCCACGGUCGGGUGCUGGCCAUACACAGGCUGCUGCCGCGUCUUGUCGUGUUCGCCCCCCUCACCGGCCAGGAGCACUGCCUGGCCUUUCCGGACGAGUUCAGGGAGUGCAACUACCACCACGGGGCUGUGCUCUGUGCUGCCAGCGGCCCGGAGGACCACGUGCACGGCUUUUGCCACGAGAGCCCAUUCAAGGUGGCAUUCUUGUCGAGGUACCCUACACGCUAUCGAUUUAUCACAUCUGUUUACUCAUCAGAAAGUGGCACAUGGGGCGGCCUUAAGGAAAUAGAAGCUCCAUUUAAAGUUGCUCUUGUUGAUGUUCCUGCGACCCUGGUUGGAAAUGUGCUCUACUGGAUGCUUUCAUCAAAUGAUGUUUGUGCUGCCAUGCUUGAGUUUGAUUUGGAUACGCAGAGCCUAGCUGUGAUCAAGGGACCUUCUGAUAUGAAUUAUUCCGGCAGCCAUAGGAUCAUCAAAAUAGAGCAAGGCACGGUUGGCUGGGUCAGGUUUUCAUUUCCGAGCCUAGAGAUAUGGCUGAGGCAAAAGAAUUGUCAUGGUGUUGCCACGUGGUUGCAGCACAAGACAGUUGAUAUGCAUGACAUUCUUGGGAUCCCUCCCCGGGCUAGUAAUAAUCGGUGGCAUCAGAAAAUCCUCUCCUAUGACGAGGACAACAAUGUGAUCAUUCUGUAUGUUGAUGACAGUGCCUACAUGCUUGAUCUUAAGUCGAUGGAAUCCACAAAACUUGAUGAAAGCCGUUUGAUGAAUCGCUGUCACCCUUUCGCCAGUUUCUAUCCACCAGACAUGACCAUCUAAGAAGCAUUGAUAUAUGCACACGGCCACAGGGAUACAGAUACAUAUAUGGAGACAUGGAAUACGGUAUUUUCCAGAAACAGCCAUACGGCGACACGGGAGUAUAUAUAUACAUAAAUAAAUAAAGUACAGCUUGUAUUGUUGUGAGGACAAAAAUAUAUUUGUAAGAUGUGGGAUCAAAGUGCUGCCCAUUUGUUUCCUGCCUUCAUUUCCAUGUUUGUAUAUGGCUGAGCGUAACGCACCUGAUGCUGCAAGUAUAUGUAAGUAAAUACUCCCUCCGUCCGGAAAUACUUGUCAUCAAAAGGGAUGAAAAUGGAUGUAUCUAAAACUAAAAUAAAUCUAGAUACAUCUAUUUCAAUGACAAGUAUUUUCGGACGGAGGGAUUAUUUCAGUGAAAAAAAAAUACAAUGCAUCAUGUAGUAUGGACAUGAUUAUAUUUGUAAGACGUGGGAUCAAGUCUUGAUUCGGUCAUGUAAUGUGGACAAAAUUAUGUUUGUAAGAUGUGAGAUUAUUUGGUUUCA